AUGGCCCUGCCCUCCCCCCGGACGAUCGAUUUCUUCGCAAAAGACCGCAUCAUCCUAUACCUGGCGGUGCUGGGUCGACGCUUCGAAGAGGUCUUCUCCACCGAGCUUGUGAACUCCGACGACGAGAGGGGGGACUAUUACCGCUGCCAAGGCCAGCUUCCCCUGUCGAAGUGCUAUGGGGAUCGAAUCGCGAUCGGGGAGUCCGUUUCCAGUGCGGAGGCCGUCCAUUUGGCGUCGAUGCACGCCGAGCUACUUCUCGACACGCUUGGGAUUUGCCUUUUCACGGACGCCAAAAAGCAAUUGCAGCAUGCGGAGUCCUCGGCGCAGCGGGGCCGCUGGGCGCCUAUAGGGCCAAACGAGGAAAAGCCGCCGGAGACCGCUUCGCCGCCGCCAUUACGGCUGAAAGGCAAAUUCGCAUCGAAUGGGGAUCGCAGGCCGGAACGAAGCCGCGCGAUCUCCGUUUCGCGGUUCCCCGCAGCGAAGAACGUGGCCCCCUCGAAGGCGGUCGAGCAGAUAGCGGGGGAGUUGAAUAAGGGCUCCGCCAGCGAUAUCCCCAGCAACGGGGAAUCACCUGCUCAGGCGGAAAAAUCCGAGGACGAUCGUGGCCCGGGCGAUGAUCCGAGCGUCGCCUUGAAAGCCAACGCGAACGAGUUCUCCUACACCCCGAUUUGGGAAGAUGAGUUGGACACCCUAUCGAAGCUGCGCGUGCAGUACUAUUUACGGCGCCAGAAAAAAAUACAAUCCGUGGAGGUGGAGUUCAAGUAUGAAUUUUUCCGAGGGGCGCUUUGGCAUACCGCGAUGGGGAACCUGCCUUUGCCAAACGAAUUAGCGAACGAGGUGGAGACGCUGCAGGUUGAAGGGACCGCCUCCAGCAAGCGGGACUCGGAGGUGCUGUUGUGGAUGCACGCGGAGCGGUUGUUGGAUGCGAUCGGCAUCCCGAUCUUCGACAACCUCCCGAAGCUGCAGGCCUGGCAUGCGAAAAGGGUGGCCAAACUCGGCCGCUCCGCCCCGAGCGCGAAGCCGAACGAGGAGCAGACCGCGGCGAUCAAAAGCCGCUUGGCGAAGGCGAUCCAAACGGCCAAGGGCCUCCCCCUUCCGCUUCGCCUGACGACCGCGGUGGCCAAAGGCCUGAGCCGCCCCCACCGCCCCGUCGGGGAUUCCUUGACGGAGGAGUCGUGGGGGGUUUAUGUGGAAAGCUGCGCGACCUUCAUCGCCGAUCGCCAGCUGUCGGUCUACAACGAGUUCUUCGCGAUCGGGCGGGCCCCGCGGGUCGGGAUCGACAUCCUGGAUGACGCCCUCGAGGAGGCCGAGGUGCUCCCGGCCGAUGGAGAGGCGAAGCUCCUUUUGAGCGACUACUGCCACGUCUCGCGGCGCGUCUAUCCGGCCUUUUGGCGAACGCAAAUCGUCGGCCCGAGCGCCAAUCGCCUUUCCUGGACGACGGUGUCGAUCCCCGGGUUUGAGCAUUCCCAAGCCCAAGGGGUGGGCAUGAAUAAGGAGGUCUCGGAGCGGCGGGCGGCGAUGCACGCGCUCGCCGUCCUCAUGCGGGUGGAUCCGAACUACAACUUCUACGCCAUGAAGACGGGGAUUGGGAAUAAAAAGCGUAAAUCGGACACCCGCGCCGAGGCGGAGGAGGAGGAGGAUAGUUCGGAUACCUUUGACCUUGAAACCUUCACCAUUCCACUGAUCGCGUUGCCCAAAAAAGGCCACCCGUCGCUCGCUUCCGAUGACGCCUCGGUCGGCAAGGCCUCAUCGGGACAAUUCAAGAAGGGCAAAAUCCCAUUAUGGUACGACAGCCAGACGAAGUCAUUUAGCCUUGAAGGGAAAAUUCGUAUUCUGGAGCUUUUCACCCUCUGCCAGGGCAUUAUGCCCCCCGAAGUCCAGCACCGAGUUCGCUACAUGAUGGACAAGGAAAUCUACAGCGUGACCGUUGAAAUUACUGACGACGAGGGCAAAGUUUGGACUGGAAAGGGGAACGGCGAAGGGCCGUCGAAAAAUGAACAUAACGCCUAUCUAGACCUUUUCGAUAAACUUGAAAUCGGACACUAUGACUAUUUUGAGACCUUGAAAAAAUUUUAUCGGCAGAACCUGUCGUUGAACCCGCGAAACACCGUCGCUAUCAAGCUCACCUCUGAGCAAAAGAAGGCGAUUCACGACGUCAUUGGCAGCGUCCCGACGCAUAUUACAGACGGCGAUGCCAACGACACUGAACUGGAGAAAACCCUCACCGCGGCAUUGCCGAACGCCUCGCAGGAGACCCCAACGACGUCUUUUCUCAAAGAAUCCAAGAUCUCCACCGCCGAGCGAUCGCAAAUUCUCCUCGAAACGCACCACGAAAAGCUCAAGGCGACGGAGUACGUCGAGAACUUCGCGCAAACCCGCGAGCAGCUCAGCAUCCACGCGCACAAGGCGGCGAUCCUCCAGGCGAUUGUGGAGAACCCCGUCGUGAUUAUCUGCGGGACGACCGGGUGCGGGAAAACAACGCAAGUCCCGCAGUAUAUUCUGGACCAUCUCACGAUGGAGGGCAAAGGAGGGGAGGCCUCGAUCGUGAUCACGCAGCCGCGCCGGCUGAGCGCCGUCUCCAUCGCGCGGCGCGUGGCGGCGGAGCGGCUGGAGUCCAUCGGGGAUACGGUAGGUUAUAUCAUUCGCUUCGACACCUGCCAGGGAAAGUACAUCAACUUCUGCACCUCGGGCAUCCUUCUUCGCGUCCUGAGGGAUAAUCCCUUCUUUGAGGGGAUUAACUACCUAAUUAUCGACGAAGUUCAUGAGCGGGAUAUCAACUCGGACUUCCUUUUGAUUAUGCUCCGCGCUAUUUUGCAAAAGCGCCCGGACCUGCACCUCAUCCUGAUGAGUGCCACCCUCCAGGCGAACCAAUUCGCGGAGUACUUCGAAAACGCCCCGAUUAUCAACAUCGAGGGCUACAACCAUCCCGUCCAGGAGCUGUAUAUCGAGGACCUCGCGGCCUACGGCGAGCAGCACGGCUUCAGGUCGCUUUUGCUCAAAGAGGUGGCGCGGUCGGCGGAUGCCGCGAUGUCGUCCGACGUCUUCCCGAUGCUCCGGACUGGCAAACCCUUCGUCGACCCCGGCCCUCGCCAGGCCGCGGUGGAGAUCGACUACCCGACGCUGCAGUUCGCCAUCGAGCAGGCGAUGCGGUUGGUGGACCUGACGACCUCCUCCGUGUUGGUCUUCCUGCCCGGCUGGGAGGAGAUCGUCCGGGCGAAGGAGAUCCUCGAGCGGAACUCGGUCUACCACCUCGUCCUGCUCCACUCCUCCGUCGGGCAGGAGGAGCAGAUGCGGUGUUUCCUGCCGGCCCCCCCCGGGGCCGUCAAGGUGAUCCUCUCCACGAACAUCGCCGAGAGCGGGGUCACGAUCGACGACGUCGGCGCCGUGAUCGACACCGGGCUGGUGAAGGAGAAAAGCUUUCGCCCCGGAGGGGGGUCCCGGCAGGGGUUGGGGCCCGCGGCGGAGGGCGACGUCGGGGGGUUCGGGGGGGAAUACGGCAGCGUCUCGCAGCUCCGCACCGUCUACGCGAGCCGGGCGAACUGCGUCCAGCGGCGCGGGCGGGCGGGCCGGACGCGGCGGGGGGUCUGCGUCCGGCUCUACUCCCGGGCGCACUUCGCGCGGGUGCACGACUUCCAGACGCCGGAGAUGCUCCGUACGCCGCUGGAUUCGCUGUGUUUGCAGAUCAUCGCCCUCCGCGUCGGGGACCCCCGCGGCUUCCUCGCCCAGGCCCUGGAGCCCCCCGAGAAGGCGGAGGUCGAGGUCGCGCUCCGGCGGCUGCGCGACCUCGGCGCGAUCACCGCCGACGACGGCCUCACCCCGCUCGGUCAGCGCCUCGCGAUCUUGCCGGUGGAGCCGCGGAUGGGGAAGGUGAUUUUGAUGGGGACGGUCCUGCGCUGCAUGGAUUCCGCCCUCACCAUCGCCGCCCUCGCCGAAGCGGAUGUCUUUAUCCCGGGAAGGGAGUACAAGGAGGAGGUGCGGCUCCACCGCGAGGACCUCUCCAGGAGCACCCGCUCCGAUCUGAUCGCCUCGAUUAACGGCUAUAACUUCUGGAUCGAGAACUACUACCAGAACACACCGGCAAAGCUGGUGGGGAUCUUGGAUAGCCGCAUGCUCAGCCCUCCGCUGCUGUCGAUGUUAUCACGGCAUAAAUCGCAAUUUUACACCAUCCUCCGCGAGAACGGCUUCCUCAUCGAGCCACCGGAAAUUGGCGAGACUGAGGAGGACUGGUCCGCGCGUACGUCGGAAAUGGCCAAAACGCCCCUCCUCCCCUCGCCGGAGAGUCCUGAAAUUUUUUAUGACCAAUCCUCCUUUUCGUUUGAGGCAUCCAAUGUGGGGCUGGUGAAGUGCGUCCUGGCCUCCGGGCUUCUUCCACAGCUCGCCAUGAACCGAAAUCGCCGUUUGCUCGAGACAAAGUUCGAACGUAUCGUAAAUACCUCCUCGGACUCCGUUAUUCAUCGCACCCCGCAGUCCAAUAUUAAAUUUCCGUUUUUUCUUUACACCGAACUGACGAAAUCUUCGGAAUCGCGGCAGCUGAUUUUGAGAGGGUUGACGAAUGUAUCGCUCUGGACGCUGCUUCUCAUGGGCGCGAAUAGUGUGCCCAUCACCUACGACCAUAUACUUUCCUUGGGCUGUUUGGAUGGCUGGAUUUUUUUCCGCACAAACUUCGGGACGCUCGAGCUUGUUAGAAAACUCAAGUGCGCGAUUCAGUACUGCUUUGCCCAAAAAUUCACCGAUCCACGCAAUUUUGAGAAUAAUCUAAAUGUUGAAAAGAUUCGACUACUCAUUAAAGACCUUGUGGAAAGCCCGAUCAAGCCAAACAAUUUUGUUGACGAGGUAUGGAUCGAAAACGGCACCAUCAUCAAACCCUCGACGGAGCCCCCGCCACCAGAUUCGGACGAAUCCUCAACGGAACACGACAACAACGACGCCACACCGACGACGUAA